AUGUCUAGCCUACCCGAGCUCAAUGAAUCAGAGUGUCUCCAGUUUCUGUCCGAUUUCAUUAAGAUUCGGUCCCAGUCUCGGACGCCUGGUGAGAUCGAGGCGAUUGAGUAUAUGACGGCCGCGAUGAAAAAAAUUGGCUUAGAAGCUGAAAGUUUGGGAUUUUCAGACUUGUCCGAUGGAAUGCAAAGAGCCAACUCUGUUGGUGUUUGGAAGGGUACCAAGCACCAGGCGGGAAAGAGGCUCCUUUUUAACGGGCAUGUGGAUGUCAAUCCCGUCACCGAAGGGUGGACAGUCGAUCCGUAUGAGGGAAAAAUUGAUAAAGACUUUAUUUAUGGCAUCGGUGUGAGCAACAUGAAGUCUGGGUGCUGUGCCUAUUACAUGGCAGUCAAAACUCUCAUAGAAGCGGGAUACAAAAUCUCCGAGGACCUGACCUUAACGUACGUGGUUGGUGAACUUCAGGGGGGAGCAGGAACCAUGGCUCUUUUGAGCCAAAAUGUAAUCACUAAGGAAUCCGCAGAUAUGUUCAUCAAUUGCGAGCCUACCGACGUGUACGCUCUUGUCAUGCACGCUGGCUCGGCUAUUUUCAAGAUCGAUGUGAUUGGGGAUACGCGUCACAUGUCCAAACGUGAGGAGGCCACCGAUGCGAUCAUUGCAUCAAUGGACGCAAUCAAUAGAUUGACGGAUCUGAAAUUUUCCAAGGCCAAGACCAAGACUCACGAGAGCGUGAACAGAUGCCAUGUGGGCACAAUCAGGGGCGGUCUGGGAAGAAACUACGAAACAUGGCGUCCUCCCCAGGUCGCAGAUUUUGUGACCUUCACUGGUGCAGCACGAUAUGCUCCUGGUCAGAACGAGACUAUCGUUUUGGAAGAUCUCGAGACAGAGCUGAAAAAGACCCAGGAGAAGUUCCCCAAGAUGAAGUAUGAUCUAAGUCUUGUGAAACGGGAUUUUAUGCCUCCGUUUGAGGUCAGUCCCGAGGCGGAGAUUGUCAAGGUACUGAAUGACUGCUAUAAGACUGUCCGUGGAGUUGACCAGCCAACGGGAGCACUGAAGCCGCCAUGCUUCUACGGGAGUGAUGCGGGCCACCUUUACGAGAAGCUCGGAAUGGAGGGCAUUGUUUGCGGACCAGGAGGCAAGUAUAACACCAUGCCCGACGAGCGUGUCGAUAUCGUCGACUACCUGGAUUGUAUUCGUGUUUUCAUGGAAGUUAUUAUCCGCGUUUGUGGGGGAUACAAGGAGUAA